UACCUGAUGUCCCUCCGCGCCAGCUGGGAGAAAAUGAGCCGGAGCGGCGUCGACCACACCGACAGGGAAAGUCAGUCGCUCCAAAUUAUAUUCCACCUGGAAAUAACGCAGGAGAAGCAGUAAAAAACCCGAGACUUUCCCCUUCAUUAAUGGCAUCUGUUUUGGUUUUGUAUCGCGUCGGCCUGGAUGGAAGACACACUUAAACCGGCGGUGGCUCACAUGUGCCGCUGACGUUUCUGAAACAAGUUAAGACAAGAAAUGCGGCAGAUAAGAGUUGAACCGGUCCGUCUCUUUGUUUAUAUCGACAGAGAGGAAACAGCAGUGUGAGGGAGUAGCUACUUAUGGCCAUGGAGAGCAGAGUGUGGAACGCCUGUGACUACAGCCACAACGUCACCUUCUUCUACGAGCUGGUGGGCAAGAACAUCAGUGAGGAGUGGACGUCCCGUGACCGCGUGGUGAUCGCUCUGGGCCUGACUGUGUGUCUCAUAGUCGUCCUGGCCAACCUGCUGGUGAUGGCAGCCAUCCUCAUGAACCAGAACUUCCACUUCCCCAUCUACUACCUCCUGGGCAACAUGGCCGCAGCGGACCUGUUUGCAGGUAUAGCCUACGCCAACCUGAUGCUGAACACGGGCCCCUGGACCAGGGAGCUCACCAAGGAGCAGUGGUUCAUGCGGGGGGCUUUGAUCGACAUCAGCCUGACGGCCUCAGUGGCCAACCUGCUGGCUGUCGCUGUGGAGCGCCACCAGACCAUCAUCACCAUGCAGCUCCACAGCAAGAUGACCAAGCGGCGCGUGACGCUGCUGAUAGUCUGCAUCUGGGCCGUGGCCAUCAUCAUGGGCGUGGUGCCGUCCAAGUUUUGGAACUGCGAGUGCGACCUGGACAACUGCUCCACCAUCGCCCCCCUCUACAGCCGCCACUUCCUCGUCUUCUGGGCCGUUCUCAACCUGGUCACCUUCUUCAUCAUGGUGGCCAUGUACACUCACAUCUUUCUCCAUGUGAGACACCAGAGCCGGUACGCGUCUGAGCACACGUGGGACCAGCAGCACAACCAGACUGUUUUCAACCUGGUGAAAACCAUCUCCAUGGUUCUAGGGGCCUUUGUGAUCUGCUGGACUCCUGGCCUCAUGACUCUCCUGCUGGACGGCGUGCUGGGUGAAGACAGCCACGCAAACAAGUACGAGAAGUUCUGCCUGGUGAUCGCCGAGUGCAACUCUCUGGUCAACCCCAUCAUCUAUUCCCUACGGGACGAUGAGAUGCGAAGGACGUUCACGUGGAUCCUGUGCUGCCUGUGUAGGAGAGGUGGCGACAACAAGCCCCCUCCUUUCCAGUUUCAGCCAGCACAGCAAGAGGUACAGCCAAAGGAAAAUAUUAGCGGUGUCCAGAAGACAGAAGACAGGAUCGUGUGUACACCGCAGCUCAAAGCUGAUAAGGCAGACAGUUGCACGGUGGUUUGACGCUCGAGGCUCAGGGUGAAUGAAGCGUCUGGCCUUUAAUUUCACCACAGCAGGACGUUCACAGCAACAACUGUGUUGCAGCUGCUGGUUUACCUUCGUGGAUGAUUCUUUGCCAUUUAUGGAUUUUCAACAGGACAUCAGCCAGCUUUUUGCCAAAACACCUCUCUGCCAUGCUUGCAUUUGUGAAUUUGUCAUUUG